AUGGGGGCUGAUGUCCUCAUAGGCGAAAUUGACCGUUCUCACAGAACCGGAAAGCCAGGAGGGCCUCAACCGCGCCCUAUUCUAGUAAAGUUUGUGAGCUACCGAGCCAGGCAAAAGCUAUAUUCCCUACGGCGGAACCUCAAGACGAACAAGGAACAUGCUCGUGUUUUCAUAAAUGAGGACCUCACCCAGCGGCGUGCUCAGUUAUUAUUUGUCGCGCGUGGGCUUGCAAAAGCCAAACGAAUUGAAAGCGCCUGGUCUGCCGAUGGAAUUGUUCUGAUACGGGUGUUGGAAAACGGCGAGUCAAAGCUCAAACGUAUCGCCUCGGAAUUCGAGUUAGAAAAGGAAGGACACUCAAUUCAAAAUGAAUAUAAACAAAAUCGAUCAUUAAUAAGCGAGUCUGGUAAACGUGCUAAAGCUCAGAUUGAUUCUGGUCACGGUCUUACUUACCCUAGGGAACGCCGCUCUUUAACACAGAGGGAACAAGUAAAGCGCCCUUUGAUAUAUAAGGAGGAAUAUUCAGAUCCCUUUCCAACCUAUCGUAAAGAACAGAUACUACAUAUUCCUCAUCCGAUUGAACGGAAUUAUAAACCUUUUGAUCAUCGGGAACAUCUAAAUAUCGCUCACUUCCCAAAUGCACAGGAACCUCCGUACUUCCAGAAUGUGCAUGCGCAGCCUACUUACUUCCCACGCGUACAAGAAAAGCCCACUUACGUCGCCAAAGGACAUGCACCGGAUCCUGCCUUCAAGAGGGAGCAUGUUCCGGAUCCUUACCAUCAGAGGAAAAAUGUACAACACCUUUCCUUUCAAAGAAAGCGUCUUUUCAAUGAGAGGAAAAAUGUUCAACGUUUAUCUUACCCAAGAGAACACGAAAAAAGUCCGUCCCAUCUGAUAGAAAAAGAAAAACCUCCAGCAACGCAGAGUACACAGGUUCUCAUUCAGUCAGUGAGAAAGGGACAGGUAAAACACCCUCCUAACCUGAAGGAAUUCGUUAAAAGUAUGCCCCAUCCGAUAAAAAAGGAAAAACGCCCAGCACCUCAGAGGGAACAGGUCCUCCUUAGACCUUCAGUGAAAAAGGAACAGGUACAUAUACAUUUAGUUGUUUGAACAGAGCAUUUUACUUCCGAACCACGCAGAAAUGCAACGUAAAUAUAAUACAUUUAUUAUGUAAGCCUUUAAGUACCAAUGAAAAUUAAAACAAAAGACGUGUUAACGCGAAAAAAGCGUUAAUACGCAAAUUAACGCAAACAAAUUCACUGUUAUGUUAAUAAACGCGUAAUCAAG